AAAUAAAGGGGCGCUGAUAUAAUGGCCUCGUUCUCUCUGCAUGCACAUCCAUUGUGCUAACCCGCUUGGAAACGCUCCACCAUGGAGCAGCUUUUGAUUGCCGUGGCAACCUGCUUUCUAGCCCUCUGUCCUGUCAACGGGAAUGAGUGGAGGUUGGAAUAUGAAGAAGGACUUAGUCACUACAGCGAGGAGGCCCUAAGAAAGGAGUUUCCUGAGAAGACCAGACCAAUCAGUUUCAAAAAUCCACCUUUCAUGUGUCCUGAUAUGAGCCCCUCCUCUUCUGUGCCCACCUCGGUUGAGUUGGUGAAGGCAGCGGAUAUUAAAGUGAUUGCUGCCCUUGGGGAUUCAUUGACAACAGCAAUUGGUGCAAAUGCAACCACAGUUCUUGGCAUACCUGUUGAAUUUCGCCAUGUGUCAUGGAGCAUUGGUGGCUAUGGAUCCUUUCAAGAUGUCAUUACACUUGCAAACAUCAUUAGACUCUUCAACCCCAAUUUAGUGGGACCUGCCCCAACCAAGACUGUCCAUGGGACCCCAGCUCCUCUCUGUGAGACUGGAUUUAACCUGGCUGUAACCGGACACAACACCUUUAAUCUUCCUGAACAAGUCAGACAUUUGAUUGACACAUUGAAAACCUAUGAGGAUAUUGACUUUGAUGGGGACUGGAAACUCCUGACCAUUCUAAUCGGGAUGAAUGACAUCUGUGAUUACUGCAAAGACAAGUCCCUCUUUUCAGUGGAGAACUUUGUCCAUUACAUGACCGUGUCUUUGGAAAUGCUGAUGAAUGAGGUUCCUCGAAUGAUAGUGAACGUGGUUCAGAUAUUGCCUAUGGAGACCUUGAGGGAGGUACAGAAGCCCACUCCAGGAUGUCUGCUCCAGAGGUCAUUCUGCUCCUGUCUGGUAAAGCCAGCUGCUGGAUCUGCUGAUCUGAAGGAACUGGUUGGAGUCAACCUAGAAUUUCAGAGAGCACUGGAGCAACUCUUGUACAGUGACCGUUUCUUUAAGAAUGACUUUGCUGUGGUUUUGCAGCCAUUUCUGAAAUAUGCAGAUCCACCAAGACUCCCAAAUGGGAAGAUUGACAUGAGCUUCUUUACCCCUGACUGCUUCCAUUUCACCAUAAAAGGACAUGAGGAGCUGGCCAAGGGACUGUGGAAUAACAUGUUUCAGCCUGAGGGAGAGAAGUUCCUGGUGGAGAGCUUUUCAAACUCUAUUGAGCUCAUUUGCCCCCCUGUGAGUCAUCCGUACAUUUACACCAGACCCAAUGCUGCAAAGUCAGGCCCAUCACGUCCUGAGAAACCCCAGUCAGUUGGCACCAGACUAGAAGUUCUCCACCUCAUGCCUGCAUUGGCUUUCCUUGCAGUCUGGUUGGCCUCCUUGUAGGACAUCCAUAUGGAGUAUUGUGAUUCGUGGUACAUCAUGUCUACCCACCUCGAUGUUCUAUAAGGGCUGGAUAUCAUUGCUUUGAAGGGCUCUAAAUAAUUGAGGUUCUAUUCAGAAACUUGAGCCUCUAGGAUUAUCUGUAAACCUGAUGGAGAGGUUGUGAAAGACAAAAAAAUUGUUAUCACUGAUAAACAGGAAAUUGCAGUUCGCAAAUAUAUAAAAGAUGUGGUUACAGUAAAUAUUAUAUUGAAUUGCUCUGUGGAAUCUAUACAAUGGAAAUGUUGAAACCUCAGAAUAGAAAAAUGUAUGCUUACCAGAUGACUUUUUUUGAUAUACCUAACCAAAAUAGCACAACAGCUGGUGCAAAGCCACAUUUAGCUCUGUGUAAUGCUGCCAUAAUCAAUUUAAGUACGAAGGUUAAUUGUAUAAGUUAAUUCAAGCUGGUUUGAACAAAAAUGGCCAGAGGUAUCACAAUAAACUCAUUAAGCCUGUGAGGAUAAAGGAAUUGAAUGUUAGGUUUAGAACAACUGUUUUGCUAGUGAGAGCAUGGUAAAAAGUAAACUGAGAGCUUCCUAAUGCCCACAGUAAUAAGAUAAUUGCUUUGGAUGCUGCAACAUGAGAAGUGCUUUUAGUAUUCUCAAAUAAAGCUUUCAGA